CAUCGAGAAAAAUUCAAUUUGUGAUAUAUAGGUGCUAUAAAACUAUAACCCUUGUGUGCUCGGUGCUAUAGCUUAGAAAACCCACCGCACUUCACACUCUGAGUCUGUUUUCCCGAGAAAAUUCCAGAAUGAGUCGCCAUCCUCCUGUCAAAUGGGCUCAGAGAUCUGAUGAGCUCUACAUAACUAUUGAGUUACCUGAUGCUCAGGAUGUGAAGCUUAUACUGGAGCCAGAAGGAAAACUUUAUUUCUCUGCAACUGCUGGUCCAGAAAAUAUUCCUUAUGAGUUUAACUUUGACCUGUUUGACAAGGUUGAUGUAAAUAAUAGCGAAUCCAGUGUUAGUAAAAGAAAUAUCAUCUACUUGAUAAGCAAGGCUGAGAGUAAAUGUUGGGACAGAUUGUUAAAGCAGGGAGGGAAACCACCGGUGUUUUUGAAGGUAGAUUGGGACAAGUGGGUUGAUGAAGAUGAGGAACAAGAGGAUGAUAAACCUGGGCCUGGCGCAGACAUGGACUUUGGUGACUUUGAUUUUUCUAACUUGAACAUGGAUGGAGGCGAGGGACUGGAAGACGUGGCAGAUGAUGAUGAUGAUGAUGAUGAGAGUGACAUAGAAGAUGAGGUCACAGGACAAGCAUCAGCUGAUAAUGAACCUGACUCAAAAGGCGCCGUGAGCAGCAAUCCUAGUGUUGAACCUGAUGCUAAAAAGUAACUUGAAAUCGUAGACCUUAUCAUAGAAAUAGCCUGCACUGUAAGGAUGGGUAUUUCAACUUACAAAGCUUGCGUGCUUGGAUAGAAACCUGUUGGGAUUUUUAGGUUGCUCACUGAUUUGCUUCAUUUUGCAUUGGAUUUUUUUAACAAGAGGAGAGUUGGCUAUGUAUGUUAUCAUUACAGCGCUAUUAUGACUGCCA